GGCGAAGUCGUCGGAAAGGGAUACAGCUUUGAACUGUGGGUAAAUUGUUCUUUUCCGGUAUAGCCGCCAUCAUGACCCUGGUAAUCCCAGAGAAGUUUCAGCACAUCCUUCGUGUAAUGAACACGAAUAUCGAUGGACGACGUAAAAUUAUGUUCGCCUUGACGGCCAUCAAAGGUGUUGGUCGUAGGUAUUCUAAUGUUGUAUGCAAGAAAGCUGAUGUGGAUCUCACCAAGAGAGCNNUUAAAAUUUCUGCCAUACAGGUUGAGAAACUGAUUACAAUCAUGUCAAACCCAAGACAAUACAAAAUUCCAGACUGGUUCUUAAACAGACAGAAGGAUGUUAAAGAUGGCAAAUACAGCCAAGUGUUAGCGAAUAACUUGGACAAUAAACUUCGUGAAGACUUGGAGAGGAUGAAGAAAAUCCGAGCACACAGAGGUCUUCGUCAUUACUGGGGUCUGCGUGUGAGAGGUCAGCAUACAAAGACUACAGGAAGAAGAGGAAGAACUGUUGGUGUGUCCAAGAAGAAGUAAAAAAAAAAUAACUGUCAGUUUAACUGUAUUAAAUUAAACAUUAUUCUGAGAGUCUAA